CGUGGAGAAGCCAUGGAGCUGAGCAGCAAGAAGAAGCUGCACGCCCUGUCCCUGGCCGAGAAGAUCCAGGUGCUGGAACUCCUGGACGAGUCCAAGCUGUCCCAGUCGGAAGUGGCCCGGCGCUUCCAGGUGUCCCAGCCCCAGAUCUCGCGCAUUUGCAAGAAUAAGGAGAAGCUGCUAGCCGACUGGUGCAGCGGCACCGCCAACCGAGAACGGAAGCGCAAGCGGGAGUCCAAGUACAGCAGCAUCGACGAGGCCCUGCUCUGCUGGUACCACAUCGCCCGGGCCAAGGCCUGGGACGUGACAGGGCCCAUGCUGCUCCACAAAGCCAAGGAGCUGGCUGACCUCAUGGGCCAGGACUUCGUGCCCAGCAUCGGCUGGCUGGUCCGCUGGAAACGCCGAAAUAAUGUCGGCUUCGGGGCCCGCCACGUCCUCUCGCCUCCGUUUCCCCCAGACCCGCCCCCGCCAGUGCUCCCGCCCCAGUCCCAGCCGCCUCUUUCCCUGAAAGACUUCUCCCCAGAGGACGUUUUUGGCUGUGCUGAGGUGCCCUUGCUCUAUCGGGCAGCGCCUGGCAGAGUGGGUGCAUGUGAUCAAGUUCGGGUGCUGCUAUGUGCCAACAGCAGGGGCACGGAAAAGCGUCGGAUCCUGGUGGGGGGUCACCAGGCCACCCCGAGAUGCUUCUUUGGGGUCAGCAGUGAGGCCCUGCCUGCCUCCUACCACCCCGAGCUGGGCAUCCCCUGGACGAAGUGGUUGGCGCAGUUUGACCAGGACAUGGGGCGGCAGGGCCGCCAGGUAGCCCUGCUGCUAGCCGCGCCUGUGGUAGAGGAGUGGGCAGGCUUGCCGGGGCUCUGCCAUGUGCGCCUCUUACCUCUGGCCGCCACCAGCACCCCCCCUUCUCUGCCCAGCUCCGUGGUGCGGGCCUUUAAGGCCCAUUACCGACGCCGGCUGUUGGGCAAGCUGGCUGCGGUUCAAAGCGAGAGGGGUGGCACCUCUCUGGCUGAGGCCGGGGUGGGCAUCACAGUGCUGGAUGCGCUGCACCUGGCGGCGGCGGCCUGGGCCAAGGUGCCUCCUCAGCUCAUUCUCAGCAGCUUCGUUCAGGAAGGGCUUGCCCCGGGCAAAACGCCGCUGUCCCCAGACAGAGCCCCUGCAGUGGCGCCGGUCCCCAGUGGGCUGAGCCUGGAGGAGUUUUCCCGCUUCGUGGACCUGGAGGGCCAGGAGCCAGGCCCUGGAGUGUGCAAAGAGGAGACAAGCACAGGGGAUGCCGAGGGGCGCCAAGAAGAUGGCUUCCAGCCCCUGCCCACCAAGGCCGAUGCCCUCCGCGCCCUGGGCACAUUGAGGAGAUGGCUUGAGUGCCACAGCACCUCCUCGGAGCUCUUUGAGAAAUUCUAUGACUGUGAGGAGGAGGUGGAACGGCUCUGCUGCCUGUGAAGGCCCCUUGGCUGCCCACCAGCGUCCCCUCCUCUCCUGUUUC